CAUCUCUAGUAGUUGUCGUGGGAUACGCGCGUCGAGACGGACGUUCGGCGGCGUCUACGUUCUGGUGGAAAUUGCGAUAAUUGUCGUUGGUUUAAUUAAAAAAAGUUGUCGCGCUGACGCAUGAAAUGGAUGGCAAGUGGAACAGCCAAAGCAGGAGCCAAGCGUGUUAGGAGCAGCAUUUAAGCAACAUUUUUAGUGUAGACACUGAUACGGACGGACGGCUACAGCAUGGCCAAUGCUCCAAUUCCAGCUCCAGCGCCAGUCGAAAAGCAGAUGUUAAAGUCCACAAAGCAAAUUACCUUGGCAAUAUGCAGUCUCAGCCUGAUCAUGUUUGGCUUUGCCUUCAGCCCCACUCAUGCAGCUGGCGAGGUAGACGAUGCGAAGGGGCCGUGGCAUGUAGCGACAGCCCACGAGAAGAGUGGACAGCUACACUUUGCCACGGCUGAAUUCACUGAAUACAAAUCAAAGGCCAACUAUACCAAAGAUCCGAAAUUCUCAACAAAAGCAAUGGAUCCCGUUUACAACUUCACACGCUACUUGUUCGAUAUUAUUUUACCGGAUGAGGCCGCGGUGCCGCCUGGCUAUAUUGUUGUCAAGGGCGAGAACACCUUGGCCCUGGGACCGAAGGUUGAAGACAUUGAUUGGCGGGAGCUUUUUAUGCAAUACUGGAUAGUGCUCAUCUGUGUUGGCAUUCUGGCCUUCUUGGCUGUCAUUAUGCCUAUCGUAGCCGUAUGCUAUUGCUGCUUCUGCUGCUGUCGUCGCUGCAAGGAGGGUUGCCCGCCGUGCGACAGCCAAAAGGAUGCUCGCAAGCGCUGCUGCUGCGGACUGUUGCUGCUCCUACUAAUCAUUGGAAUACUCUUUGGUGUCAUUAUAGCCUUUGCCACCAAUCGGUUGCUCGAUCGUGGCUUAGAGGAGACCACAGAUACAAUGCGGCGCGGCAGCCAGGAUACGAGUACCUAUCUCAAAGAUGUCUCGGAUCAUAUCAAUCAUCUGCUUGUAAAUAACUAUGGAGAAAUGGACAAACAUCUGAGCGACAUGCUAACAAAUGCUCACACUCACAUAUUCCUGGAUCUAAUGGACGCCUCUGAGGCGAAUGCGGUUUAUGAUUUGAAGCGCAUAUUAGAGAACAUGGAAGAGGCACACAAGCUGAUACAAGAAGUGGAUAAAUUGGAAAAGGAUUUGCGAUUCUAUGGCACACAGCUAAGAGAUGGUUUGCGUGGCGUUAAACGUGAUGUUAACUACGCCUGUGCCGUGCUCUGUGGCAAUCGGGAAUGUCUGCACUUUUUGAAGAAGACGGAGAUUGAAUUCCUGGACAGCUCAAAGUGUUUGCAAUAUGAAGAGCUGCCAGACACGUCUCAAUACUCAAAGGCCAUGGAGUUGAUAAUAGCCAAAAACAGUGGCAAAACAGCUAAAGAAGUUAUAGAUCGUUUGCAGCAUGUGGGCAAGCGUAUCAAGUCUGGCAUCGAUCCACUUAUACCACCGAUAAUUCGUGACAUACACAACGGACAGGAACAAUUCCGCAAUCAGGCAACGAACGUACGCAACAUAAUCGAUUCGGCCAUAGGCAGCAUACAUUCCAAUACUGUCGAGGUGACCAAGACCUUUGAUGAUGUAUACGAUACAUUUGGAGCCGACCGAAGCAUUAUCAAUGUGAUUGUUUGCUUUGUGUUGUUGAUUAUUCUCCUAUUUCUGAUAAUUGCUCUGAUUUGCGGCUGCUGUGGACGUCGUCGUCGUGGCUAUCGCGAUGAUUGCUGCAGCAAGGGCACAGGUGCCUCAUGUCUGCUACUUGCCAUGCUAUUGAUAUUCUGCGUAUUCUCUGUCAUCGUUAUGGUUGGCCUAACUUACUUUGUCUUGGGCGUCGUCAGCUAUCAGGGCGCUUGUGCUCCGCUCAGAGAUCAGGAAUCGAAUGCCUUGUUCCGUCAGCUCAACUCACUUAUAGAUCUCAAUCGUAGUUUGCCAAAGAGCGAGCACAAGUCGACGAAGCCCCUACGCAUUUCGAACGUCAUCAAAGCCUGCCAGGCUGAUCACUCCAUAUUCAAACUUCUGCAAGAUAACGAUUUAUAUGACAUUGAUAAUCUGGUGCGCGUGAAGGUGAUUAGCGAUACGCCGUCAGUGCCAAUUUUGUUGGCUAAUUUGGAUAACUUCACAAUACUUACGGAUAAGGACAAGCGGGAUCUCGAGCUGCUGCGCAACAGCAAUUUGUCCAGCUAUCACAGCAAGAAGUUUACGGAUCAUAUGUGCAAUCAGUUAACACCUGUCGAUCUGCCCACCAUUGCCAAUCAGCUGAAGGAGUUCCGCACCAGCCUUUGGACUCAAUGGGGCAUUUAUGAUUGGGCCAGAACAUCGCUGUACAAUGAGGCCUACAACCUGCAAAGAUAUCACGAUGAAUUUGUUGAUAAAAUCAAAACAAUAAUUAGCAAAAUGACCGAGAAACUAUUAAAGAUUGACGAAUUGAUAUUGUAUAAGGGAAAUGCAUUCGGCGAAUCCAUCAAGCAACUUCACGAAUCAACGGAGCGCUCAGAGAUCUUCCUCAGAGAUCAUGGCCAGGAAUACGUCAGUGGACUGCGUGAAAACCUGACUAGCUAUAUUAAGGAACAGGUCGUACACUAUAUGGAAAUGGUGGUAGAGAAAAGCCAUGCAAAUGUUGGCAGAUGCGCUCCCCUAGCAAAGGUCUAUGAUCGAAGUGUGGAUCUGAUUUGUCAUCGUCUAGUCGAUCCAAUGAAUGGUUUCUGGGUGGGCGUGUUGCUGUGUGCCGUGCUCUUCCUGCCCGUACUCUUUGUGGCCCAUCGCUUGCUGUGCCUCUACAAGAAGAUUGAUCCGUAUUCGGCGCCACCUGUAGCUAUAGUCGAGGGCGGCAGCGACUAUCUGUAUGAUGCCUAUAGCGAGCGCGAUCGCGAACAUGUGCCACUGGCCAAUGUGCCAAAGAAGCGACGCAAGGCCUACGAUCGAAGACGCGAACAGCAGGAAUACUAUGAGGAUGCAUCGCCGAGUGUGUCGCGUGGGGCACGCUCCAAUGGCGGCGGCGGUGGUGGCGGUGGUGUUGACGGAGCUGCUGGCAGCAGCAAUAUGCGCUAUAACGAUGUGGCACCCACACAUUGGGACCACGAACCGCCGCGCUAUCACAAUCCACCCGUGGCACCACCAUCAUCCGAAUACGAGCGACCUCCGCCGUAUUAUUAUCCGGGUGCUUCUGAUCAGGAUUAGAUACCGGAUGAAUUCAUUCAAGAACUUUGUUGGGAUGGCUUUAAUAGAAGAGAAGGGAAGGGAAGUGAAGUGGAUUGGAAUCGAUGGCAUGAAUGACGCAUGAAUUUCAUUUUGACAACAAAAACAACAACCCAAUUUUACUGAGACUGUAAUUUUAGUUGAGAAGUUAGUUUUUUAUUUAGAGUUAUGUAAUUUGUAGCAUCACAAGUGAGUUAAUAUCUUAUAUAUAUACAAAUAUAUAUAUAUAUAUAUAUGCGUUUCUUUCGAACUGUAUCAGACGAUCUGCCAGCGCGUGGAAUGUGAGUUGUAGUUGGCGCGGAAUAUAGUAAAGAUUAGAUUAUAAGCACGGAUCGAGACAAACAUAAUUCACAUAGUCCCCUACAUAUAUAUAUAAAUAUAUUGUUUAAAGUUUAACACAUUGAAAAUGUUGCCAAAAGAAAAGCGAGCGUGAAAAGUUUGAUGGAAUAAAAGCAAUGCAUUGGGUUGAUAAACGAUGGAUGUAUAUGCACAGCUAAAGCAUUUAAUAAGUUUAAUGUUUAGAACAAACAACAUAAAAAAAACAACAACAUGAAGACCACAAAAAUAUCCCAACAAAACUUAAAAGAGAAUAACUGAACAAUUCUCACACAGCUUUGAGCAAGGAAUCUCCCUUGACAGUAUCUCAUAAAUGCACAAUAUAAUCAAUAUACAAGCAAAAAAGAA